UUUCGGGACUGUUCAUCAAAGACGAAAGGUGUAGAUAGAUUAGAAAAUCGGGCUCGGUACUCUGUACAAAACGAAAGAAGAGUUACUUAGUUUAACAUAAUUAUUAUGUGGCGUUUGGAAUGUCUAAGGUCUAUUAUACAUUAAACUACAGAAGAUAAUUUGAUUGACAAUGUCUACUGGAAAUAACGAUGUGGAAUUAAAAGAAGGCUUGGGACAAGAACAUAACAAAGAAUCUGAAAAAUCCCCUAGACCAUCGUCGCAGAUGAAAACUACCAAUAAUGCCCUGGAUGUUAGAGCUGCUAAUGACAUCAGGAACAAUCAGUCUGGGAGAAACAAUGAAAAUGUUGUAGGUGCAACUGAAAGCAGUAAUAAUAACCCAGUAAGUGAUGGGGCCACAGACAACCCUAACGCCUCAGAAAAUCAAUCUGAGAGAGAUAUUGAAAAUGCCGCAGAUACUACUGAAAAGAAACGAAACAGUCCCAAUGAUGACACCACAUACAAACCUGUUGAGAUGAACACUCCUAACGUCCCAGAAAAUCAAUCUGAGAGAUAUACUGAAAAUGCCGCAGAUACAACUAAAAAGAAACGAGACAGUCCCAAUGAUGACACAACACACAAAACUGAUGAGAUGAACACUCCUAACGUCCCAGAAAAUCAAUCUGAGAGAUAUACUGAAAAUGCCGCAGAUACUACUAUAAAGAAACGAAACAGUCCCAAUGAUGACGCAACACACAAACCUGUUGAGAUGAUUACUCCUAACGUCCCAGACGAUCAAUCCAAGAGAGAUACUGAAAAUGCUACAGGUACUGCUGAAAAGAACCGAGACAGUCCCAAUGAUGAUGCUAAACACAAACAUAAUGAUACAAGUAUCCAAAGUAACUAUUCUGGCAAAGAUAUUCAAAAUAAUGAGGAUACUUCAGAAAGUAGUACCGAUGAUAAAGGCACUACGACAAUAUGUGAGAGCAAAUGUCAUGGUGAUGGAAGUCCUACCAAUGUCCCAGACAAUGCGAAAAUUUCUCCGGGAGAAAUGGAUGAAAUUAAUGACAGUAAGGACACUGCAGGAAAGUCAAAUAGUGACACAGAGCCCAUUGAGAAUACAGAAGUUUCCAAAAAUAGUGACGAUUUUUCUAAUCAAGAGUAUGGGUCUAGAGUUCCACAAACACCAGAAGGCAAUAUUAAAAGCAAAUCUUCCUGGAAUGAUAAAAUGAAAACACAAGCAGUUACAGUAGUAUUGGUCAUGUAUGGCAUUUUAAUUCUUCUGUUGUUAUAUAUGGUGAUGAAUUCACGGGUACCUUCUUCCCCGAUUCCAAUACCACCAACACCCGAAAAAGUAUUAAAGAAGAUUUCUGCUAUCAGUUUUGAAUUGGAUGCCCUAAAACUGGAAAAUUUGAAGCUCAGUGAAAGAGUUAAGAAUCAAGAAACAGAUAUACAGAGAAUAGAAGGCAAGAUAAACAAACUGAAUGAAACAGUGGAAGGCCUUAAACAAAUAGUAGAGUAUUUGAGGGAGAAACUGCCUUUUUUGGACGGGAAGCUAAAGUGGAUGGAGCAGGAACAGACAGAACAUGGUAACUAUAUUCUAUUAUUCCUAUUUGUAUUCCUGCUGAUAUUCCUUGGAGUAAUGGUUCUAAUUAUGCGUCGCAGAGAAACACAACCUACUAGUAUCUCAACAGGACGAAUUCAAAGUUCUGUUCAGUUCCAAAGCAAAGUGGGUGGCAGAACGAAUACUUCUGUGCUUGAUCAAAUACAUCCCAAUGGAUUAAAAAAAACAAUUGGUAUUGUUAGCUUCAACAAUAAGACACAUAAAAUCCACAAGGAAAUGCUCCAGCGCGCUUUAGAUACGAUGGAUAUAAAUACUGAGAUUGAUGCGGUACUUGUAGACCGGGAGGAUAAAAUUCUGACGAUAAAACCUUCAUGUUUAGUGUUUAUUUUUGUGGAUAGAAAUGAUCGAAAUAUUAUUCUUGAAGACUCAGAAUCAGAGAUUGGAAACCUCAGGCGUAUAACAACACAAAGUUUUAUGAAGAUGGGAUCUACUGUUGUGGUAGUUUAUGUUAAUGACAGAAAGUCUCGGAAUUUAGAUGGGCGUGACCUGUAUAAUCCCUUCCUACAGUCAGUCAAACGACAUCCCGUAUUGAGGGAAUUACAGGAAAAGGGGCGUGUGUUCUCUGUGAUGGACAAUUUCAAUCAAAAUCAAAAUGAACAUAUUAAGCAGCUUCUGAAGAAUUCUGGAUUGUGAUGCUUUUAUCUAAGCAAAGGUUUUUUUUUUUCAGAUAAUAAAAAAAUUACUGUUA